UGUAGCCAAGUAGUAUACGCACUGAUACCCACAAGAGAGUGAGUAUACACACUUUCUUUGAGAGUUGAAACCGAUCGGUCAGACUCCUGAUUAUACAUCAAUAAUCCUCCCUCCCACCCCUUGUCAUCUUGUACCACAUCUAUCUCUAUAAAAUCAAACCUCAUCAUUCUAAACUACUCUCCCCCUAGCUCCUUUAAAUCUCGUGUUCUCCCUUUUUCAUCAAUCACCAUGACCGAUCCCUACUCAAAUCUCUACUCCCACUGGUUCAGAUUCAACCCUCCUCAACCUCCUCAUCAACAUCACUACCACCACCACUAUACCUACUUUUCUAACUCUCCGCCUCUGCCUCCGCCUCCUACGAGUACUAUUAAUAUUCCUAAUUAUUUUGUCAGCCCUCCUCCUCGGCCGAAUUCACCUCCUCUAAGAGAAGCCUUACCUUUACUAACCUCGAGUCCAAUCCGAAAAACAGAAAAUCACUUCUUAGAUAAAAAUACUACUGGUUUCGACCUAAAUACUCCUAGUUACAUGGAUUCGGACUACAAAACCAUUUACUCAACACCCGAACCUAAAGACGAAAAUGAAGAAGACGAAGAGAUUACAGUAUCACUGCAAAUAGGGCUUCCCAACCCUAGUGCUGCUGACAUGGCUGCUUACAAUAUGCAAAAUAUUUUGUCUGCUUCCUGUUCUUCUUCAAAUUCCAAUUCAACCAUGAGUACUCCUUGUUAUUCUUCGAAUAAUAACGAUAGUAACAGUACAAUUACAGGUAUGCAUCAGCAGCAUAUUAGCAAGUAUUGGAUUCCUACUCCUUCGCAGAUUCUCAUAGGGCCUACUCAGUUUUCGUGUCCAGUUUGCUACAAGACCUUCAACAGAUACAACAAUAUGCAGAUGCAUAUGUGGGGGCAUGGAUCACAAUACAGAAGAGGCCCGGAAUCACUAAAAGGGACUCAACCAACAGGAAUGUUGAAACUUCCCUGCUAUUGUUGUGCACCAGGGUGCAGGAACAACAUUGAUCACCCCAGAGCAAAACCCCUUAAAGAUUUUCGCACCCUUCAAACACAUUACAAGAGAAAGCAUGGUAUCAAGCCCUUCAUGUGUCGAAAGUGUGGCAAGGUCUUUGCGGUGAGGGGGGAUUGGAGAACUCAUGAGAAGAAUUGUGGAAAAUUGUGGUACUGCAUCUGCGGUUCGGAUUUUAAGCACAAGAGGUCUCUCAAAGAUCAUAUCAAGGCCUUUGGGCAUGGCCAUGCAUCUUAUAGCGUCGGAGGAAUGGAAGAAGAAGAAGAUGAUGAUGACCCCGCAUCAGAAGUUGAACAAGAUGAUGAUGAUCAAUCCUCUUUGCAGUAGAUAUUGAGCAUGCAUCAAUCAACUAUUAUGUACUCGGUCUUUCAGUUUUUCUUAGCAGUGUAAUAUUUAAAUACAAUUUUAUUAAUUAUGUAUCUUUUUACCUAUAUACAUAUGCUUUAUUAGUUAAUUA